CGCACUGAUGAUCGAAAUUUAGGAUUUCUGAAUCAAUCAACCAUGGCACAUGAAAAUAAACGACUUUUCAGUGAAGAUUCGGCCUUCCUGAUGGAGUAUCAGACAAAUCAGAAAAUCCUGCAUAAAUCUCCGCAACAAAUUAGCCUUUUGUCAGGAAAAAUUAGAAGUAAUUUGCCAGGUAGUUUAUUACAGCAGCAAGCUUCAAGAUUAGCCAGUGGAAUAUCAGCACGCUCUCUUGCACAGAAACAGUAUUACAGGAAACUCAAAAGAUUAAAGAAAGUUGUCAAAGAUCUUAUAUUUGUUAAUGCUGCCAUAUGUGAUGAAGUUGUGAGAGUAGAGGAAAAAGUUGCCAAGGUCAAAGAAGAAAGGAGAUUUCUUUUGAGAAAAGUUCUACAUUAUCAGUCCCAGUCAGAUAUACCAGCUGCUAUCAGUAAAACUCCUCCAUCAAUUGUCAAAGUGAAGGAAGAACCUGUCGACACACAGGCAAAGGCUAAACCCAAGAAGAAACCUGACAAGAAACGACCACCGACUACAAAACAAAUACUAGAAGGGUUACCACCACCCAAACCUAAGAAAGGAGGUAAAAAUCAGCCAACAAAGAAAGUGAUACCUCCAUUACAGCUUGAUUCAUUAGGGAGACCUGUGUUUCCUCUAAUUAUAGGAGACUUAACAAUACACAGCAUUGGAGAGAUUGUCGUAGACAGACCAGGAUUUCAUUCUGUAUCUAACAUCUAUCCUGAGGGAUUCUGUAGUACCAGAGUGUUUGUUGAUGUUAAUAAUGUAGACAAUAGAUGUUUGUAUACAUGUAAAAUAUCUGAUGGUGGAAAAGGUCCGGUGUUUGAGAUAGCAUCAGAAGAAAGUCCUGGUGUUGUGUUUUAUAGCAAAUCAAUCUCUGAUUGUCAUAAUCAACUCAUUAAAGCAGUUAAGAAAAACAAAAAAUUAGAAUUUUUAGAACAAACAGGAAAAGGAGCUGAUUUCUUUGGUUUAUCACAUCCAGUUACACAAAACUUAAUACAAAGCUGUCCUGGUUCUAAACGUUGUAAUGGAUACAGAUGGGUUAAAUUCGAAAUCAAUAAAAAUGCUGACGCAGUAGAAAUGGAUACCCUUGAUCCUACAACUAGUCAUACAGCUCUUAAAAUUGUCUUAAAUAAUGGAUCAAAACUCCCAGAACCAUCAUCCAACUUAAGAUCUCUACUGACAAACAAAGCUUUAAUGAACACUGCAAAAGUCAGACAGACGUGACGUACCAUAGAUUGAAUGUUUUUGUCGUUCAUUUUCUGAAUAGAACAACAAGUUAUGUAAAUGUACAUUUUGAUACUGAGAUAUUAAUAAGGAAUAAAAUUAUUAAAUGUG